GGGGCCGGAAGGACGUGGCGGCAUCGCGCUUUGGCGGGAAAUGGUUGCCAGGGGCCCUUAGCAACGGCACGCGCCGGCCUGCAGCGCGCGGCCGCCCGUCUUCAGCUCUUCGGCGUGUUCUACCCCAUACUUUUUUUUUUUUUUUCCCACCCGGUGCGCGUAACGCCAUGCUUACGGCUGACGCCGAGGGCUGGAGAAUUUUGUCACGGUGCUUCUUUGUCAUUGCUGCUGUUUUUCAUCUCUCUCUCCACAGGGCUGCAAGCUUCUCCGCGCAGCUCGUGCUGAGUGCGGGCGCUGCGCUGCUGUGGCGUCCCGUGGUCACCGCUGCGCCGUUAGGCUGAGCUGCCUGUGCAAAGCUGUAAUUUUGGUAUAAGAGCUGUUUAUCUUGACCGAGCCAAAGGCAGUCUGUGGUGUCUUAGUUGCAGGAGCCCUAGGGCAAGAAUUAGCAUUUCUUACGUCUUGUUUGUGCUUGCAAAUAAGAGUGGCAUUCUGGUGAGAACAAUUCUUACUGUAUGUCAGUCAAAAAUGGAAAAGCCUCCUUUGACUUUUGAAGAAUUCCUACGGUCUCAGGACUUGAAGGACUGGCCAAGAUAUGUCUGUUUGGAUGAGCCUUAUUCUUUGGUGGAUAACUUAAGAAAAGACUGUUCCUUCAGCGCUGUCUCUAAGAGGCUGUAUGAACAUGCUCCACUGACCGUCAGUUCACUCUCAGAUUUGGAGAGGAGAAUGAAUACAUGCCUUAUUGAACUAGAGAAACAUGCUGAAAGAAUCUUUUCAUUACAGUGUGGACCAGCAUCUCUAGAAGAACAGCUAAUUGCCCCUGAACAGAAGAUUUCUACUGAGCAAAUUGAUUCAGAGCUUCUGACUUGGGAAAGUGAGACGAGGAAAACAAAGGCUGCCAAACGCAUUACUGAGGAGUCAAAGGGUUGAAAUGUAGAGAGCUGUAGUUACCCUCGUUUCAAAAACCAACGUUUAGAAUUAUCAAGACAUUUGGAAGCUUCAAAACUUCGAGACUUAGUUAUAAAAGAAUGAUAUUGCCAAGUAUGUACUCUUUGCUUCAAUAUCCUAAUCACAAGCUGCCAAUAAAGAGUAAUGCAAAAUAUUUUGACUCAUUCAUCUUCGUAUGUUCCACUUUCAGACAGGUUUUAGUAUCACUAUUAGCAUUGAUUGAAGUUACAAAAUUGCCAGAUCUAGGAACUGUUUAGUUUUAACUCAUUAUUGUUGAAGAAUUCUUCUAGCUGCCCUGUCCUGUGUCCUGCAAUUGGCCAGUAAUUAAAGUAGUGAAACAAGUAAUCUAACAUUCAUAUUAAACUUAAAAAGAAUUUCAAAAACCAAGUAAGCUCAGGGAACAUGUAAUUUUCUA